AUGCCGGUACACGCAACAUUUGACGAUGGUUUUUCCUCGGACGACUCGGAGUACUCUGAGACCGACGUUUCCCUCCAUCGACCUGGUGUCAGAACCCAUAUCCGCCAGCGCUCCCUCUCUCGCCACCGCCGCCCGGAAGUCACUCAGUUCCUGGCACCAACCCAGACCCGUGUAUACCGGUCGGCCUCGACCAGCGGCCGGCGCCGCGAGCGCCCACCAGCAGCACCAGCAGCACCCGUACCACCAGCGGUAAUGAUAUUCAACGAGCAAGGACUACAGUCAGAGAGUCGCGCGGAGAACAAGCCCCAGUCUCGACGGGUGCACCAGAAAUUCAAGGAAAAUCACACCCACGACCAUAGUCCCCGCCAUAGCCGCUACGAUGAUGAAGACGAUCUGCCGCCCCCACCACCCCGCCGUGGGCGCGCCGUCAGCAGUGUCUCGCGCGAGCACUCUCCUUUUUACCGUGACCACGAGCUGGUUAUGGGUCAGCAACUCCUGGGAAAAAACGAUUUGCGGCAGGAUUUGGAUAUCUGGAAGCAUCAACAGGAGAUUGAACGUCUGCAGCGGCAGCUGCAGAAGACUCGGGAUCGCAGCGCGCAUGAGCGCGAGCAGAUCAUUAUAAAUCCGCCAGCAGAUCCGCGCGAGUCUCGGCUGAUCAGAGAAGAGGCGGAUCUAUAUGAGGAAGAACUUUCGGAGCGGCUGCGUAAGCUGCAGCGGCUCGAGCGCAAGCAAAUGUCUGCGGAAGAGGAGCGCAAGGCUGAGGAGCGCUAUCAGCUCAAGAAGUAUGCGAUGGACAAGAGGACUGCUGCUGAGCAAGAGGAACUUCAACGCAAACUGCAAGAGGAAAAGUUGAGGGAUCUUGCGCGCAAGCAGGAUGAGAAAGGACAAAGGGAGAAGCUCAUGCGGGAGGAGAGGUGGAAGGAGCUUGCAAGGCAGAAGGAGGAAGAAGAGGAGAGGGAGAAGCUUGUCCGAGAGGAGAAGUGGAAGGAGCUUGCAAAGAGGAAGGAGGAGGAGGAGGCACAUGAAAAGCUCGUUCAGCAGAUUCGAGAUGAAGAUAUGCGGAAGGCGAGGGAGGCCGAGGAGGCGCGGAAGAAGGAGCUCGCUAUGAAGGCUGCUGCAGUUGAAGAGUGGAAGCUUCAGCAGGAGAAGCUUAAGCAGCUACAGGCAGAGGAGGCGGCGCGGAAGGCAAAGGAGUUCCACGAUCGCCUUCGCAGCAUUGGCUAUACCGAGGAGGAGAUUGAUGCCAUCGUCAAUAAGAAAAAGCAUGAGGAGAAGAAAGAAGAGAAGAAGAAAGAAGAGAAAGAGAAGAAGGAAAAGGAGGAGAAAGAGAAAAAGGAAAAGGAGGAGAAAGAGAAGAAAGAAGAGACCAAGCUCACAUGGAUUAGGGUUCAUCGCAAGCACUUGCUGCCAGAUACCUUGAUUGCUUACGGUCUUCCUUGGGAUUGGGACGAGAAUGACACCAACUACAUCAUCAUCAAAAAGUGGAUAGACCACGACUUCCAAGAUCAGCUCUUCGCCCACACCCAACGUCUACGCGAGGGCAAGGUCAUCGCCGAGACAUCUCACUCGAGGACUGAACUGAAAGUCAACGACCGUAGAAAGGACAGGCUGUUCCUGGUCCGGAAGAAGAGUCCUUCAGGCCGGAUGCGCAUCUUGACAUAA